AGCUGUCUGUAGGCAUAAGCCACCCUCAUAAAUGCAGGGAACCAGAAAUGAAUCAGACAAGCCUUUAUUGGAGACGUGAUUAUAGUCAUUUUAAAAACGACAACAAUUUUUUCAUUCCCCAGAAUCAGAUUUUUUAAAGACUUUUUCUCCAGAAUGUUCAGGUGGCACAGGUGAUGACACUCUUCAGAUGACUCUACUUGUACCACGUUUCAAUAAGGAACAACGAAUAUCUGCUCGUGCUGGAGUACAAUGCAAAGACAGUUACCAUUUGGACCAGUCAAUGAGAUGUACUAAAGGUCAUUCAUCACUUCAAGACAUCGAUAGAACCUGACAGCUAAGGAUUUUACCGUCGCAAGAUUUGCCCCACAGUCUUCCUGUUUACAUCAGCAUUCCUCUCGGAGUCAUGCAGUAACCUCAUUGUGGAACUGAAAAAAUAGUGAAGAAUUUCAAAGUUCUUUCUUCAACAGUGUCCUGUGAGGAAAUCAGCAGAGGAGGAUCCAAACAGUGUGAUUGCUUGUUUUGAACAGUAAGAUAAAUUGUAACUUAUGCAGACAAGACUAUGUACAUGUAACUGAGGUGUCCUUUGCAAGAGGUCUAUUUUCCUGUGAGCACGAUGGACGACGGAUUUGGGAAUAAUUCAAACUUCUUUCAAGGAGCCAAGGAUAUUGCCUAUGAGGUGAAGAGACACGGUAGGAUGCAAGACUCCUACAGACGGUAUGAAGGUGGUGGGGAGCAUGCCUCACAAGAUGGGGGAUAUUACCACAGUGAUGAUCCCCAUGCACAGGAAGACGCUGACAGUGAUGCCACAGAAGGACACGACGAAGAUGAUGAAAUCUACGAGGGGGAAUACCAGGGGAUCCCACACCCAGAUGAUAUUAAGGCCAAUCGGAUGGCAGCAACGCAACCCAUUUCUGAUGAGUACAGGGACCAAGCAGAUCUCAUUGCUGAACGUAUGAAGGAUGAGGAGCAGUUGGCACACCAGUAUGAGUCAAUCAUUGAGGAGUGUGGACAUGGACGCUUCCAGUGGACACUCUUCUUUGUCUUAGGUUUAGCGUUGAUGGCCGAUGGAGUUGAAGUAUUUGUGGUGGGCUUUGUACUUCCUGUUGCCGAAAGGGACAUGUGCAUGUCCAAUUCCAACAAAGGAAUGCUGGGCUUGAUAGUGUACUUGGGAAUGAUGGUAGGAGCCUUUGUCUGGGGUGGUCUGGCAGAUAAAAUGGGCAGAAGAUAUUGUCUGAUCAUUGCCCUCAGCAUCAAUGGAGUCUUUGUGAUCUUCUCAUCAUUUGUCCAGGGCUAUGGCAUCUUCCUGUUCUGCCGACUACUUUCAGGAGCUGGUAUUGGCGGCUCCAUCCCCAUUGUUUUCUCCUAUUUCUCAGAAUUCCUGGCUCGGGAGAAGCGGGGGGAGCAUCUCAGCUGGCUCUGCAUGUUCUGGAUGGUGGGUGGGAUUUACGCAUCAGUGAUGGCAUGGAGCAUCAUCCCACACUAUGGGAGUGUCAUCACCGCAGACAUCAACUCUCUGAUCAGUAACCCUUCCAAGCCCUGUAUUUUUCUAAUUGCUAAUUUAUUUCUGGACAGAUUUGUUGGGAUUAAAUUUAAAUCUGUGACCUUUGAAGACUCCUUGUUUGAGGAAUGCUACUUUGAAGACAUCACAUCGACGAACACACACUUUAGAAACUGCACUUUCACAGCGACUCUCUUCUAUAACACAGAUCUGUUCAAGACGCGAUUCAUUCAUAGCAGAUUUAUAAACAGCACUUUCCUCCACAAUAAGGAAGGCUGUCAGAUUGACUUUAGUGACGAUGCUGAAACUGCGUUUCUUACUUACCUGGUCAGUUUCCUAGGCUCUUUGGCUGUGUUGCCAGGAAACAUUGUGUCUGCACUGUUUAUGGACAAAGUUGGAAGGAUUAAGAUGAUUGGAGGAUCCAUGCUGUUGUCGACCAUUACCUGCUUCUUCCUGUUUUUUGGCAACAGUGAGUCAGCCAUGAUUGGAAUGCAGUGUCUGUUCUGUGGGGUCAGUAUAGCAGCGUGGAAUGCACUGGAUGUGAUCACAGUGGAACUUUAUUCCACAGAUAAAAGGGCAACUGCUUUUGGUAUUCUGAAUGGACUGUCAAAGUUUGCUGCCAUACUCGGUAUAUCAAUAUUUGCCUCAUUUGUGGAGAUAACGAAGGUGGUUCCUGUCCUGCUGGCUUCCAUUGCAUUAGUAGGAGGUGCCCUGCUUGGUCUCCGACUUCCUGAAACCCGGGAGCAGGUUCUGAUGUGA